AUGCAACCGUUCAACCUCACAGCAACCGGCUACAACCUAAACUACCUCCCGGAAUACAUCGCCCUCCGCCAUGGCUUCUUCCGCGAACAAGGUCUCGACGUCACCGUCACCAUCCCCACCCCCUGGGACGGCGUGCUCGACGCCCUCGCCGACAAAACCGCCGACAUGGCUCUAGGCGGCAUCUGGGUGCCCUCUAUGUACCGCUCGCGCGUAGAAAACUACACCGUCUUCGCGCAAAUCGCUAAUCGCUGCCCCCUCGCUCUUCUCACGCGCAGCUCUGCCCCGAAAUUCCAGCUCACCGAUGUCGCCGGCAAGACGGUGCUGAUGAAAUCCGGCGGCGGAGCGAGCGUGGGUUUGUUCUUCAAGAUGCUGCUACGAGAGAAUAAGAUUGAUGAGAGGAGCGUGGACUACAUCCAGGAUCUGGAUGGCAAAAUGUUGGGCGAUUUGUUCGAGGGCGGCAUGGGGGAUUACUUCGUUACUGACAAUCUUUCUGCGCUGGCGAUGGUCGCGUGGAAUCCCAAUGUUUGCGUUGCCAUGGAGAUGGUGGCCCAGGGCGAUAUUCCUUGGAGUGUGUAUUAUGCGGAAACGGCUAAGAUCACACCUGAGUUGCUGGAUAAGCAGAAGCGUUUUUGUGUUGCGCUAGAGAAGGGGAUUCAGUGGGUGCUACAGCAUGAUGCGAAUGAGUUCCGCGACGAGUUGGCAGAGCUUUUUCCGAAUGUACCGGUUGAUGUUGCGGUUGGUGUAACGAAUGGGUUUCGAAGAGAUAAGAUGUGGACGAGUACGUCUGUACCAAGGGGCGGCUUUGAGAGGUGGCAGGUUGGGCUUGCAGGUGCAAGGCUGGUGAAGGAGCCGUUGAAGUAUGAGGAGAUUGUGGACGAUUCACUUGCUAGUACGGCGGCAGAGAUGGCUGGGCAAGUUGUUGCAGAACCAUGA